AUGACGAACCCGAAAGAUGAUCCCGAAUAUGAUGAAUUCUGUGACCCAGACAAUCCACGCAAAGUAAAGUUUGAAGACAUAUUAGCUGCAUCGCGGCGUAUCGUUGGCCAAGUUAUUAAGACACCAUGCGCGAAAGCCCACAUGUCGAAGCGACUCGGUAUGGAUCUUUAUCUGAAGGAGGAAUUCUUACAAGUAACAGGAUGUUUCAAAGAACGCGGAGUGGCCAACACAUUAUUAUUGCUAUCCGAAGAACAAAAAAAAUAUGGCGUAAUUGCCGCCAGUACAGGGAAUCACGCAUGCGCUCUGGCCUAUCACUCUUCUCAGAUGGGUAUACCGAACAUAGUAGUCAUGCCAAUACAUGCUCCUAUCACUAAAAUCAAUAAAGCAGAAAGGCUGGGCGGCAAGAUUCUAUUGCAAGGUAACAAUAUGGCUGAAGCCAAACUUUUUGCAAUGACCACUUCGAAGGAGAAAAAGAUGAUAUACAUAAAUGGUUACGAUCAUCCAAAUGUGAUAGAGGGCCAGGGAACUGUCGGUUUAGAGAUAGUAGAACAAGUGCCAAAUGUGGAUGCAGUUCUGUGCCCAUGUGGAGGUGGCAGUCUGUUAGCUGGUGUCGCCAUAGCUGUUAAGCAUCUCAAGCCUGACACUGAAGUUUAUGGCAUUGUAACAGACAAGACAUAUAGUAUGGUAGAAGCACUAAGAAAGAAUGAACGAAUCUUUCUUGCCUUAGAGCCGUCCAUCGCUGACGGAUUAGCCGUCAAUAAAGUAGGAGUUAAUACCUUCCACAACGUCAAAGGAAUCCUUGAUAAAAUGGUAGUGGUAAGAGAAGAUUGGGUGGCUCGUGCCAUUAUGACCAUUAUUGAAGAAGAAAAGGUUGUAGCAGAAGGUGCUGGUGCUGUCGGUGUAGCGUCUAUCAUGGCUGGCCUGUUCCCUAACCUAAAAGGCAAAAGAGUGGUAACAAUAUGCUCUGGAGGUAACAUAGAUUCGACGACACUGACCCGUGCUCUGGAACGGGGCAUGGCAGCGGACGGUCGGCUUAUGAAGUUCAAGGUGACCGUGUCGGACCGACCCGGCGGGCUCGCGGACCUCUGCAGCAUGCUCGCUGGCAUGGGCGUUACCAUGCGAGACUGUGUGCCUGAAAGAGCUUGGGUCAAAGGCGAUGUAUUUAGUGUACAAAUGAAAGUGAUUGUCGAAACUAGAGGCUACGACCAUUCUAGACAGUUGGUGGAACUAAUCAAGAAGCACUAUAAAGAAUAUUACUUCCAAGAAAUGAAUGAAAAAUCUGAAAAGACUGCGGGUGUCAAGCGCGGCCCCUGCCUCGCACCCAACCCUGUGUGCAUGCAGAAAUAG